AUGACGCACAUGCAACGGAAUGAACUGACUUUACGACCACAAGCAAACCGGAAACGACUUCUGUUAGCACGACUAGCUUUCCUCCGCAUCAGGAGAAGAGACGUGAGUGGGUCCAAUGAGCUGACGCCGCGUUCGGGGCCCGACACAGAGCAGAAAGCCGUCGGGAUUAGCACAGAGUUCAUCAUGGUGGCGAAGAAGCUGCCAGUCCUAUCCCUCUUCUGCCUUUGUUUGGCACUGUUGCCUCAUGACACCGGUUCUGUGGCUGUGAUGUCCGUCGACCUCGGCAGUGAAUGGAUGAAAAUUGCAAUAGUUAAACCUGGUGUGCCAAUGGAGAUUGUCCUGAACAAAGAGUCGAGGAGGAAAACCCCAGGUGUCGUGUGCCUAAAGGAAAAUGAGAGACUGUUUGGUGACAGUGCAUUAGGAAUGUUGGUUAAAAAUCCCAAAACUGUCUAUAGAUACCUUCAACCACUGCUGGGGAAAAAGAUUAGCAACCCACAGGUGGCGCUUUACCAGAAGCGGUUCCCUGAGCAUCAGCUGCUUGAAGAUUCACGUCGCGGCACAGUUUACUUUAAAUUUUCAGAAGAAAUGCAAUAUUCGCCAGAAGAAUUGCUGGGGAUGAAGCUCAAUUACUCACGUGUUUUAGCUCAAGACUUCGCCGAGCAACCCAUCAAAGACGUAGUGAUCACCGUGCCGGCCUUCUUCAACCAGGCUGAGCGCAGGGCAGUGCUGCAGGCGGCACAGAUGGCAGGUCUCAAGGUCCUUCAGCUCAUCAACGACAACACGGCGGUGGCUCUGAACUACGGAGUCUUCAGGAGGAAGGACAUCGACAGCACUGCGCAGAAUGUGAUGUUCUAUGACAUGGGCUCUGGAAGCACCACCGCCACCAUUGUCUCUUAUCAGACCGUUAAAACAAAGGAUUCUGGGACUCAGCCUCAGCUGCAGAUCCGCGGAAUUGGUUUUGACCGUGGCCUUGGGGGUCUUGAGAUGGAUCUGCGGCUGCGUGACCAUUUGGCCAAACUGUUUAAUGAACAAAAGAAGAGCAAGAAGGAUGUGAGGGAGAACCACAGAGCCAUGGCAAAGCUCCUCAAAGAAGCCCAGAGACUGAAGACUGUGCUCAGCGCCAAUGUGGACUUCAUGGCACAGGUGGAGGGUCUGAUGGAUGACAUUGAUUUCAAAGCCAAAGUGACCCGCGCUGAGUUUGAAGAGCUGUGUGCCGAUCUGUUUGAGAGGGUGUCCAAACCAGUGCAGGAUGCUCUCAUGAGUGCAGAGAUGACCAUGGGGGAGAUCGAGCACGUCAUCUUGGUCGGGGGUUCCACUCGUGUGCCUAAGGUUCAGGAAGUGCUGCUCAAAGCGGUGGAAAAGGAAGAGCUUGCAAAAAACAUCAACGCUGACGAGGCUGCGGCCAUGGGUGCAGUGUACCAGGCGGCUGCUCUGAGCAAAGCCUUCAAAGUCAAACCCUUCCUUGUCAGAGACGCUGCAGUGUUCCCCAUUCAGGUGGAGUUCACUCGUGAGACCGAUGAAGAAGGUGUGAAGACUUUUAAACACAACAAGCGCAUCCUGUUCCAGAGGAUGGCCCCGUAUCCUCAGAGAAAGGUCAUCACUUUUAACCGCUACACUGACGACUUCUCUUUUGAGGUGAACUAUGGGGACCUCGCCUUUCUGACUGAAGAAGAUCUUAGUGUGUUUGGCUCUCGAAACCUGACCACUGUCAAACUGUCCGGAGUGGGCAGCAGCUUUCAAAAGCAUUCAGACGCGGAAUCCAAGGGCAUCAAGGCGCACUUCAACAUGGACGAAAGUGGACUUCUUCUGCUGGACCGGGUUGAGUCUGUGUUUGAGACCAUUGUGGAAGAGAAGGAAGAGGAAUCUACUUUAACAAAACUGGGAAACACUAUCUCCACCUUGUUUGGCGGUGGGUCUUCAGAACCGGCUCCCAACAUCACCGAGCCAGUCCAGGAUGAAGAGGAAGUCCCUCCUGAAUCUGGAAAGGACGACAAAGAUCAGGAGAGCAAUGAAGAGGCAAAAGACCAAGAAGAUAAAGACCAGAAGGAGCAGGAGCAGGAGCCGUCUGAGAAGAGCGAGGCUGAGAAAGAAAAGGCAGAGGAGGCAGAUGGCCCGACCGACGCAAAGGCAGAAAAAGAUGCUGCAAAGUCAGAGAACACUGACGGUGACAAGGAAGCAGAGAAGACGACUAAACCAGUGAAAAAGAGUAAGCUCUCUGAUGAAAUCGCCGUUGAACUGCUCUACCAUGACAUCGUGGAUCCCACUGCCGAUGAUGUCAGCGCUUCCAAUAAAAAACUUAAGGAUUUGACGGAUCGAGACUUGGCCAAACAGGAAAGGGAGAAAACGUUGAAUACUCUCGAAGCCUUUAUUUUUGAGACACAGGACAAGAUGUACCAAGAGGAGUACCAGCUGGUGGUGUCAGCCGAGGAGCAGGAGGAGAUUGUCAGCCGGCUGAAGGAGGCCUCUGAGUGGAUGGACGAUGACGGAUACUCCGCCACCACCAAAGAGCUGCGCGUCAAACUGUCGGAGCUCAAGAGCCUGUGCAAGAACAUGUUCUUCAGGGUGGAGGAGCGCCGCAAGUGGCCUGAGCGCCUGGCCUCUCUGCACAGCAUGCUCAACACAUCCAGCUUCUUUCUGAGGAGUGCCAGACUUAUUCCUGAGGAUGACCAAAUAUUUACUGAGGUGGAGUUAAAUUUGUUGGAAAAAGUCAUCAAUGAAACGACUACGUGGAUGAACGAAACAGUCGCGCAGCAGGACCAGCGCUCCCCCACCGAACGCCCCGUCCUGCUGUCCAAAGACAUCGAGAGCAAGCUGGCUCUGCUGGACCGGGAAGUAAACUAUCUGUUGAACAAGGCCAAGUUCGCCAAGCCCAAGACCAAGCCCAAGGCGAAGAACAGCACGAGCUCCGAGAAAAGCGACAAGGCCAACAGCACCACAGAGGAAACGGUGAUUCCUCCUGCGGACGAGAGCGCAGAGAAACCAGUCGAAAGUCCAGAGGCAGAGCCAGGCGAGGCCCCGCCCACAGACGACAGCACGGCUCAAGCCCAGUCUGAAGAGCAGCAGCAGCAGGCGGAGGAAACAGAAACAUCUGACACGGCCCAAUCUAAAAACCAUGUAGACGACGAGUUAUAA